CGGAUAGCCCUGCAAAAGGUGUGCCCUUGUGCAGCGGAACACUGCGUGACCCAUCAGAUCUUCUCUUCCAGCCAGACCAGCCUGAGCUCCACACAGAGGCAUGAGGCUUGGCUGGCCCUUCUGUCACUUCUCAUGCUGAUAAGACUCCAGCAGGCGCAGGAUGACUGUGGUGCUGGGUCCUGCCACCCAGCCAUUGGGGACCUCCUCCUGGGUCGCAGCAAGCAACUAACAGCCUCGUCAACCUGUGGGAUGAAGAGCCCUCAGAAGUACUGCAUUAUAGGCUACCUCGAGGCUGAACAGAAGUGCUUUCUCUGUGAUUCCAGAUACCCAUACAAUCCCUAUACGCAGCACAACAGUCACAUGAUUGAAAAUGUUAUCACAACUUUUGAGCCUGAUAGGAAAAAAAAGUGGUGGCAGUCAGAAAACGGUAUUGACCAUGUCAGCAUUAGACUGGACCUGGAAACCUUAUUCCAGUUCAGCCAUCUUAUCCUGACCUUUAAGACAUUUCGGCCUGCAGCAAUGCUGGUUGAACGCUCCACCGACUUUGGACAGACCUGGAAAGCAUUUAGAUAUUUUGCACAAGACUGCGCAGCUUCUUUUCCCAACAUCUCUUCUGGUCCGGCAAAGGGUGUGGGGGACGUCAUUUGUGAUUCAAGAUAUUCAGACAUCGAGCCCUCCACUGAAGGCGAGGUUGUCUUAAAAGCUUUGGAUCCCAGGUUUGAAAUAGAAAACCCAUACGUGCCAUAUAUCCAAGAGCUCAUAACGAUGACAAACCUAAGGAUCAAUUUCACUAAACUCCAUACCCUCGGGGAUGCUCUGCUUGGAAGAAGGCACAGUGACCCCCUCGAGAAGUACUACUACGCUGUCUACGAGGUGGUUGUGCGGGGCAGCUGCUUCUGCAAUGGGCACGCCAGCCACUGUGAUCCUGUGCAGAAUCUGCGGGGUGAUGCCUUCCAUCAGCCCGGGAUGGUCCAUGGGAGAUGUAUCUGCCACCAUAACACUGAAGGCCUGUCCUGUGAAAGAUGUAAAGACUUCUACAAUGAUGCUCCCUGGAGGCCAGCUGAAGGGGCACAAGAUAAUGCUUGCAAACGCUGUAACUGCAAUGGCCAUUCUGGCAGAUGCCACUUUGACAUGGACGUGUACCAGGCCAGCGGUGGGGUCAGCGGCGGGGUCUGCGAGGACUGCCAGGACAACACCACGGGGCAACACUGUGACCAGUGCAAGCUUUUCUUUUACCAGGACCCACGCAAAGUCAUCUCAGACCCUCACGCGUGUCUUCCCUGCAGCUGUGACCCAGAAGGCACGCUGCGCAACGGCAUGUGCGAAAGCAGCACGGAUCCUGCUCUGGGGACGGUGGCGGGUCGGUGCCUGUGCAAGGAGAACGUGGAGGGCGACCGCUGCGACCGCUGCAGGGCGAACCACUACGGGCUGAGCGGCAGUGACCCCCUGGGCUGCCAGCCCUGCAACUGUGAUGCCUUUGGCACUUUGCCUUUCUCCAUCUGCAACCCUGCCACCGGCGAGUGCCUCUGCCAGCAGUUCGCCACAGGCCGACGCUGUGAGAAAUGCGUUGUGGAAUACUGGGGUCUCGGCAAGAGCUUGUAUGGCUGUUCUCCAUGUGACUGUGACAUUGGCGGAUCCCAGAAUAACUUGUGCUCACCAGAGGACGGUCAGUGCCAAUGCCUUCCCAACAUCGUGAGUCGCCAGUGUAACGAGCCAGCCCCAGGCUACUUCUUUUUACCCCUGGAUUAUUACAUUUAUGAAGCUGAGCAUGCAACAUCCCUUUCUGGCUCUGCACCCUUGGUUAAACCAACCGCUCUUCCAAGGUGUGACAUCUACUUCCAGAAGCAAGGAUAUGAGUUCACGAUUGAAAAUGGAAAGAUUGUGUUAAACAGGAGCAAAAAACGAAGUGUAAGAAAAGCUGGACUUGGGCAGGAUGCCAUUCAGCUAGGACAGGGCUCAGCUGUGGCAGUGGUUUUCAGGCAGCCCAGCGCUGGCCGGUCCGUCACGUGGACAGGAGCUGGCUUUGCCCGUGUCCUCAGUGGAGCUGGGCUGAGAUUUGCCAUCAACAAUAUUCCCUUCGCUAUGGACUUUGAUAUCGCGAUCCGUUAUGAACCUGAGACCUUAGAAGACUGGCUAGCAAGCGUCGCCGUUCAGCCCACUGGUGCUUUGUCAAGUCAACGCUGCAGAACCCAAGGCUUUUCACAGGAGCCACAUGUGUUGGCUCUCCCAGCUGUGAAGAGGGUCGCUCUUCUGCAAACUCCAGUCUGCCUGGAGCCAGGAACAGAGUAUUCUGUGGACGUGUAUUUCUCUCAGCCCUCUGCCUCUGGCCCAAAGGCUAAAUCAUUCAUCUUGAUUGACUCUCUUGGACUUAUUCCCAGAAUCAGCUCUGUGGAAAACUUAUGCAGUAAAAAGGAUUUAGAUGACUACCAAAAGUACCGCUGCAUUGAAAUUGCAUCAGAAGUUGGACCUCACAUCCUGCCCGAGGCAUGCUCACGGCUGAUCGCAAGCAUGUCCGCCCGCAUUCACCAUGGUGCUGUCGCAUGCAAGUGCAAUCCCCAAGGGUCGCUGAACGCCAGCUGCAGCAGACUGGGGGGGCAGUGUCAUUGCAAAGCCAACGUCGUGGGACGCUGCUGCGACACCUGCGCUGCGGGCAGCUACGGCUUUGGCUUCCACGGCUGCUACUCAUGCGAGUGCCACCCGCAAGGCUCGGUGAGCUCGCUGUGCGACCAGGUGACGGGGCAGUGUGCCUGUCGCCAGGAUGUCGAUGAUCAGCGCUGCAGCCGGUGCCUGCCUGGGUAUUUUGGGUUUCCCCACUGCCGCCCGUGCCCGUGUAAUGGCUACGCAGAGCUCUGCGAUGAGGUGACCGGCAAGUGCCUGAACUGCAGCAGGUUUACGGCUGGAAGCCGCUGUGAAAGGUGCAUGGAUGGCUAUUACGGAAACCCCCUGAACAGAGAACCCUGCCGCCCAUGCAUGUGCCCAGGGGCACCUACAAGCAAGAGGUUUUUCGCACAUUCCUGUUACCAGGACUCCCAGACUGCACAAUUAGUCUGCAACUGUCUUGAGGGAUAUUCAGGCCGGCAGUGUGAUGCGUGUCCUAGCGGGUUCUACAAAAACCCAGGAAGCCCCAUGGAGGAUUGUGCACCAUGCCCCUGCAACAACAACAUUGAUGUGACCGACCCGGAGUCCUGUAACGGAGUCACCGGGGAAUGCAUCAAGUGUUUGCACAACACCCACGGAGCACACUGCCAGUUCUGCAAACCCGGGUAUUUUGGUUCAGCCCUUGCUCAGGACUGCCAAAUCUGCACAUGCAAUCUCACAGGUGUCCUCCCUGCCAUGUGCCCAGGGAGGGAUGCAGCCUGUCUGUGUGACCCGGCCACUGGCACUUGCCCCUGCCUGCCCAACGUGGUGGGCGCCACGUGCAACCAGUGUGCGCCUGGCUACUGGGACCUGGCUAGCAGAAAAGGAUGUCAGCUCUGCGACUGUGAGCCGAAAAACACCCAAAGCAACCAGUGCAACCAGCUUACAGGCCAGUGUCCAUGUAAGCUUGGCUAUGGUGGAAGACGUUGUGAUGAAUGUGAGGAAAAUUACUUUGGCAAUCCCCAGAUGCAUUGCAUUUCAUGUGCGUGUAACCUGGAGGGAACCAGCCAGCCCCAGUGCGACAAAGCCACCGGCGCGUGUAACUGCCGUGCUGGUGUCACGGGGUGGUUCUGCAACCAGUGCGGCCGUGGCUUCGAGAAAGACUUUCCCUCUUGCCGUCAGUGUCAUCUGUGUUUUGAUCAGUGGGACGCCGAAAUUACUGCCCUCACCCAGACUGUUCAAGGACUAAUGAGGUUUGCUGCAAGUCUAGAGGAUAAAGGAGGACGAAUGCCCAGCUGUGACAUGCGCUUCAAAACCUUUGAAGAUGCCAUUUCUGAAACUGAAAGAAUUUUGAAGCAUCCUGUUCUUUCACUGGAGGCACUCACAGGCAUCAAGGAUUUUCAUGGCUACGUUCAAGAAAAAGUUGCACAAAUGGGUCCCCUUCCUAGAAUGCUGUAUGAAUUUCCUGACCUUAAUGAGAACAUUGAAGAUAUUAGGGAAGAAGCUGACCUUGUCUAUGAACUUCUACAACAGAAAGUGCAUCUGCAUCACAGUUUUCAUUACUUGAACCUCAAAGAGGCCAUCAGCAACAUUAGGAAACACUUUGAAAUGUCAUUGCUGGCAGAAGAGAAAAGCAGUGGGACAACCCCAGUCAUAAGAUACUCUGAAUACACCAGGAACAGCACGCUCGCUGUGAUGGGCCAGCAGGCCUUGAAAGGAAGCAAUGUGCUGGAGCAGCUCAAGAUGAUCAAGAUCCCUGACAUCCAAAACUUAAAUGAAAAGAUCUGCGGGGUGCCAGGGAACCUGCCCUGCACUGCAGCAGCCUGUGGUGGAGCAUUGUGCCGGGACAGCCAGGGACUCACGGACUGUGGUGGCCCAAACUGCAGCGGAGCUCUUCCCCUCUCCUCCGAUGCCUUCAGGAAGGCUGAGGAGACUGCUGUCCUGUUAACUAACUUGACUAGUCAGCUACAGGAACCUGAGAAUCAGUAUUUCCAGGUUGAAAGCAUCAGAAAGAUGGCGGAAGACACCAAGCUGAAAGGUUCACUGUUUAAUGGGGAACUGGAGAGAGCUAAGAACCAGAUUGAAGUUGACCAAGAAAUCACAAAGGAGUUCAUCAAAAAAGUGAAAGACUUCUUGUUAGAUGAGAGCGCGCCUCCAGAAGACAUUGAGAAGGUGGCGAGUUAUGUCCUGGAAAUCAACCUGCCCCUGACUCCACGAGAGCUAACGAGCAUGCUUGGCAAAAUCCGAAGCAUUAUGGCCCACUGUCAGAAGUACAAACUGAAUGCAAAUAAGAGAAACAGGAAAAUGGAAGCGGCUCAGACACUGCUGGGGGGGGGCACAAGAUGCUGAGUGACAGCUAAAGCUCUUCCACCUGUGCGUGAAAUUAAUGAGAAACUAAAAAAUGCUGUGAGCUCCCAAGGACGCUUCAAAAAUACCUUCAUAAAGUUGAAUGAAGAGAUACAAGGAAUCAGAACGCAAAUCUCACAGGCUGAGAACCAACUGAACAAGACAGGCGAUGAACUCAAUGACUUUUCAGCAAAACAGUCCGAGGUGGAAGAUGGAAUUGCCACGCUGCAGACGAAAAUGCUGAUGAACAGGAAUCAAGCUACGAGUGCAAGAGCAGGGGCAGAAGCAGCAUUCAAGCGAGCUCGGAAAAUUGACAACGAAUUUGCUGCCAUUAAAAGGAAGUACACCAUUCUUCACGACAGGCUGAAAGCCAAAGGACCUCCAAAAGCAACUCUAGCGAAAGUGAAGCAGCUGAAAGAAGAAGCAGAAAAACUGGCUGAAGAGAUUGAAAAAAAAAUUAAAAGAGUAACAGAUUUGGAGAAGAAGCUUCAGGACCUGAAUCAAACCAAGCAAGACAAGGCAGAGCAACUCAGACAACUAGAGGAACAAGUGAUAGCCAUCACAAAUGAAAUUACAGAGCAGGAAAGCAAGUAUGCAACGUGCAAAAGCUAAGGCCUGAGCAGACCAUGAGGUAAAAUGCAACUGAGGUCUCUGUUGGCCACCUCCUGAGCAUCCCAGCACGGGGUGGCCGUCCUCUGUAUAUAAAUCUGAAGGUGUAUGCAGUAUUUUGGCACAGGGAAUAAUGUAACUUUCUCUUGUUUUUUAACCUGGUUGGGUAUAUAUGGAAAGAGGAAAUACCUUUUAAUAAAACACCUGAUGAAGUGAUCGGGAUGCUGUCCCGGAGGGAUCUCAAAAACACACUGCUGCCCGCAGCCUGGGACUUCUCAUUGCCUGGGGGCAGCCUCGUGUCGAUCCAUGGGAGAUAAAACCUCCGCAGUUAGGAGAGCCAAAGCAGCGCCUGCACGUGGUGGGGGGCUUGGCUGGGAGCUGCCGGCGUGGAGGAGAUCUCAGGGAUGUUCCUGGAGCGCCAAGCAGUGCGUGCUUGCCACGUGAUUACCCGUGUAGCAGCUCCUGCUGUGAAAAUCAAAAACUUUGCUGCCAAAUCAAAACCUUGAUAUAAUCUAGCGAUGGCACUUCAGUGCAGGUGUGCGCAGAAUUUACAUUUUUUUUCUGAAUUUUAGCACUUAAAAAAAACCACCUGUGAGGUGCAAGGUUUCUUCGCAAGUCACUAGGCUGUAAUCAGAUGAGCAUACGACAGAUUGACUUUGCCAUAAUUAAACUGCGCACCUCUAACAGCCAGAGGGCACAGCUCAGCUAGCUGCUCACGUGAAGGUCUCCAGGUAAUGCCAGGGAAGGAGCUCGGAUUUCCUGCAGGUUUAAAUGUGGCUGCUACACUGCACCUGAGCAAGGCAAGCCGGAGCUCUCACGUUAAAAUUUCAAUUGUGUAUAAAACAAAAGUGCUUCAUUCACGGCUUUCAAAAUCUGAAUUCACAAGCAGAAAGCUGACAAAUUUCAUCUUAAAAUGCCACUGCUGGCUGGGCUGCUCAGCGAGGUAGUUGCCACAUGGCUGCCAGGAUGAAAUGUCCUUGAACACAAGGCAGUAAAACAGGCCUGGAGAGGAAAUGUAUCCAUGGGAGGAACAGAAAUUGCUGGGAGAAAAGCAGGAAUGGGAAGAAGAAAGCCUGCACGUGCUCAGAGCACACCAACCAAGUGGGAUGGGUGGCCACAGGCCCCCAGGUCCAUUUGUGACAACUGCUGAGGUUUAAAACUGGGUAGCAUUCUCCUCUGGAAGCGGCACAAAACCUUUUAAAGUAUUUUUGAAAAGUCAGUCUCUGUGAAAAUGCUUGAUCUGGUUCAAAACCACCUGUUUGUAGUUCUUCCUCCCAGUUCUUUCUUGUGGAUAGAAGUGGCUUCCGAAAAAUGUUUAUUGAAAAAAAAAAUAAUGAAAUAGGUAUCUUCUUAUACACCAUUUUGACUUCAAUGAUAUCAAACACAAUACAAACAACAUUUAACCAAUGCCACAUACAAUCACAGACAUUUAAUCAAAUAUGGUUUCGCCAGUUCUGUUUGCUGGGCGUUCAACCACUGCGGUGGUACAAGAGAACAGGCGAUAAAUUGGGUCCCACUGAGGUCAGAGACAACUCCGAACGUGGUUCUUGGAGGAAACUUCCAGCCACACAGAAACACAAUACCAGCAAUGCCAGCAGCCUGACCACAGCAUGAAGUGCUCCAGGGCAAGCUUAGCCCAUUUAGAUUCAGGGGAGGACAGCAGUUCUAC